AUGUCUCUUGAAGCUGCUAAAGAUAUCGUGUCGACUGGUUCCGAAAUCGCUACUGGAGCUGCGAUUAAAACCAAAGAAGCAGCACAAGAACUUUUAACACAACCUGGUCAAUAUUACCAACAAUCGCACCGUUUUAUUACCAAUAUAUGGAACAAAAGUUCAUUUCUUCGUCUUUAUAGCUAUAUUGCUGGAGCAUACGGAAUCAUUCCUGCGGUAAUUCUCGUUGGUUGGAUUAUUGUAACGUUGGUAAUCGUUGUAGGGAUAGCAGGAAUUGGUAUCGUGGUCGCGGAGGGAUUUUUCGCGUUUUUAGGAUCAUUGGUGUUCUUCCCUGUGGUGGGUACUUUAUUGUUUCUCGCUAGUGUUGGCGGUAUUGUGGUUGGAUUUGUGUAUGCUAGUUACAAAGCUAUCGAAUAUGCGUUGUCUGCGAUGGGGUUUCUUCCGAGAGACUUCUUACAUGGUGCACCCCCCGUUUCAAAGGAGCAAGAAGAAGCCUCAUAA